GGAAGCGCGUGGAAAUCGAGCUAGUGUUUGUGUGCUGCGAGCAUGGGCCGUCGCUCGUCAGACAGCGAGGACAACAGCCGGAGCAGGAGGAAGAGGAGGCAGAGAGGCCGUUCCUCCUCGUCCAGCUCCUCUACCAGCAGAGUGACCAGCCGCAGCAAGCACUCCAGGAGACGCACACGCUCCAGAGACCGAAACAGGAGGCACAGAAACCGCUCCAACAGCAGCUCCUCCAGAGGGUCGAGUCACAGGAGGCGGAGCCGGAGCACGGACAGGGGGCGGAGCCACAGGUCCCACAGGUCUCGGUCCCGCAGCCGCAAUAGAAGGUCUCCCCGUCACCGAAGGUCUCGCAGUCGCAGCAGCGGUCGAUCCAGCAGGAAACGCAGUCGCAGCAGAGAACGAGAUCGUGGUCCACGCCGAACCCAAAACAAAGACCGGACACGGGACAAAACUAAAGACAAAGAGACGGACAAAGCCAAAGAUAAGGAAAAACAAAGGGAAACAGGAAACAUCAAAGCUGGAUUAGAACAUCUGACUCCUGCAGAACAGGCCAAAGCUCGUCUCCAAGAUGGUGCUUCAGGCUGCAGGUACAACUUUUAUCCUCACUCUCUGCUCAUCAUUUGUUUGGUGUGGUCAGUCCAUUUAAUAGAUCUGAACACCCUGCGAUGGGUACUGUAUCCCACAAUGCAAUGUGGUUUGACCUGA